AUGUUUUCUCUUUCCUUGCCAUUUUUACUCAUUCUUUUUUCUUUCUUUUGUUUUUCUCUUUUCUUAAUUUUUUUUUUCUUUUUCUUUUUCUCUUUCUCCAUUCUGCCAAUUUUGCUUGAAUUAUUCUUUUUUUCAUUCUUUCUUUUUAUUCUUUCUUUUUCUUUAUUCUUCCUUUCUUUCUUGUUUACUUUAUUUUUCUUUUAUUCUUUCUUUCUUUUAUCUUUCAUGCCACUUUUUCCUUUUCUUCUUUAUCACAAAAUAAAAAUGCAAUUAAGAAUGAAAAAAUUAUUUCCUUCUUUUGUUCUUUUAUUUUUCCUUUUCUCUUCAUUCUUUUUUUCUUCUGCUUUCUUUCAUUGUUUUUCUUUCCAUGUUUUUUUUCUUUUGGUUUCUUUUCAUUUUUUUUCUUUCCUUCUGUUUCUUCUUUCAGUAUCUUUUUUUUUUUUAUUCUUCUAUUUCUGCUUUUAUUUUCCUUUUUUUUCUUUUAUUUCAUUUUCUCUUUUUUUCUUUUUCUUUUUUCUUCUUUUAUUUUCCUUUUUCUUUUUUCUUCUUUUAUUUUCCUUUUUCAUUCAUGUUUCACUCCUUUUCACUAUUUUCUUACUUUCUUUUUCUCUUUUCCUUUUUGAUUACUCUUUUCCCCCUUUCUUUCUUGUUCUUUUCUUUAUCUUCUUUUUUCCUUGUCAUUACUUUUUUGCUCUUUUUAGCACACCCUGCCAAAUUUUCUGUUUACAUUCAUUCUUCAUUUUAGUCUCUUUUUUUUUAUUUUUAGCCUUUUACUCAUUCAUUCUUUUCCUUCUAAUCAUCUCUUCUUUCUCUUUCACUAUCUUUUUCUCUCUUUUUCUUUGUCAGUUUAUUCAUAAACUUUCUUUAUCUCUAAUUUCAUCUUUUCUUUUCCCUUUUUUCCUCUCUGUCCCCCUCUUAUGUAUUAUAUUACUUUUUUCUUUCUUUUUCUCUCUUUUUUCUUCAUUUGUUCUUUCUUCCUGUUGCAUUUUAUUUUCUUUCUUUUUGCUUCCUGCUUUUACUCUCUUUCUUCUGCUCCUCCCUACCUCCAGCUUCUUUUUUCUUUCUUAUCCUUUGCCUUCUUUCUUCUUUUUCCCUUCUUUAUCACUCUCCUCUCUUUCUCUUAUUCUUUCCAACUCCUCUUCCCUCCUUUUUAUUUAUCUCUUCCCCUUCUCUUCCCUUUGCUUUCUGUCUCUCUUGUUGCUUUCUUCCUUAUUCUUUUUCUUUCUCUCUUUCUCUUUCAUUUCCUCUUCUUUUUUUCUCCUGUUCUUUUCUACUUUCUCUUUUCUUUUUCCCCCCACUUUACCUAUCUCUGUUCCUCUCCAUUUUCUCUCUUCUCCCACUCAUGUUCUUCUUGAAUUUCUUUUUCUUUCUUUCUCCUCUUUCUUCUCACUCUUUUCUUCCUUUAUUUCUCUUUUCAUCCUAUUCCUCCCUCUUUUCUUUUACUCUGUCCACUUCUUUUUCACUUUUCCCCUGUUACUCCAUACUAACUCCUUCCUUUCCUCUUCUUAUAUUCCUAUCUCUCUCUCUCUUUUUUCUCCUUUCUUUCUUCUUCAUUCACUUCUUCCUUUCUCUCUCUUCCUGUUUCUUCUUACUUUGGUCCUUUCUUGCUCCUUUUUGUGUUCUUUCUGUCUUCUGUUUCUCCCUGCUUUUUUGGCUUGCUCCUUUCUUUCUCCAUUCAUUUCUUCUUUUCUCUGUUCUUCUCUGCUUUCUUCGUCCUUCUUGUCUUCCUUUCUCUCUCUCUCUCUCUCACACACUUUUUCCUAUUCCUCUUCACUCCUCUUUUUCUUUCUCAUGUUUCUCCUUGCUGUUCCUGCUCCCUCUAUCCUUUCUCUAUGUAUCAGCUUCCUCCUCCCUUCCUCCAAUCUUUCUCUUUGUUUUCUUCCUCCUGCUUGUUUUCUUUGGUCUUCUAUACAGAUUGCUGAAUUUGAACCAGUCUGCUUACUGAAGCAGUCAAUCUCUCCCUCUCUUUCCCUCUCUCUUUUGAAUGGGUUUAUCUUUCUCAUUUUAACAAGUCUCUCCCUCUCUUUCCCUCUCUCUUUUGAAUUGGUCUAUCUUUCUCAUUUUAACAAGUCUCUCUCUCUCUUUCCCUCUCUCUUUUGA